AUGAUCAGCAAGUCGACGAUUCAGCGUACCCCCGUGAUGUCCCUGGUGGGCCUCCUCGUGGGCCUCGUCCUCAGCGUGGCCAGGGGGGCCUUCGGCGACCUCUUCCGAGCCCUGGGCCUCGCCUCCGUCCUCGCCGUCUCCCGCAGCCGCCGUCUGUCGGCGGAGUACCCCUUCCUCCCGUACGCCCGGCGGGCCCUGGUGAUGCUGCCGCGGCGGCCGUUCCCCCCCGCCGAGAACCCGUGGAAGUACAAGAGGGCGGACGCGAUAGCGGAGCUGGAGGACGCCGGGGUGCCGCUGGACGCCGGGAACCUGCCGGCGGAGUUCAGCAUGGCUAAGUCACUGCUGUCGGUGGCGUUCCUCGGGGGGUUUGCGGGGUACCUGGUGUCCCAGUUCCCGUUCGUGUUCCUGCCGACCUUCAUGCUGGCGUUGGGCGGGGGCGGCUUCCUGGCCUAUCUCGCGACAACAAAGAACGCUCGCGGUGACCUUACCCGUCUUCUCGGGAUGCGGACCGUGGCUUUCCUGGGCCUGGUGUCGGAGAUCAACUCUGACGUGGCACUGUCGGCCAAGGGCAAGGUGGUGGGCGGCAUCUGCUUCUCCAAGGCGAUGUUCUGGGACCGCAAGUACCACGGGGAAGCUGCGCCCUUGGCUCGGCAGCGACAGCGGCAGCGGGAGCCGAUGGCAGCGGCGGCGGCGGGCGCGAGCGCCGGAGGAGGCCGUCGACCCCCCGAUGCCGUCUUCUCCUCCACGGCCGCCGCCGCCGCAACCGCCCUCAGGACCAAGUGACCUCGCAUCCCUACAAUGUCGGGACGGAGCGAUAUGCCGGGUGAUCGCCGGCCCAGGCAACCUUUACACGAGGAUGCUGGUCGUCAUGCGUGCGUCUGCCGCGCCAAACCAGAUACAUGCCAGGAUGAGAGGGGGAAGGGAAUUGUUUGGCUGGGUCGUGCGGUACAGCAGUAGCAGUAGAGCGGGAGUUUUGUCACACACGCCGCCUGUUUUUCAUGUUGUUGUGGAGCUGCUGACGCCGGUUGAGCUGUGCCGUGCUCCUGCUUGUUGUGCGACAGUUUUGCUGAGUCGGGGUUUUGAUCGAUGUUUUUGCAGGCUAUUUUUCUCUGCUUGCCCGUUAGAGGGAAGGAGUGUUCCUCCGCAGGAUAGUUCCUCCGCACCUCGCCAUCUGUCGCAGUUGCGUGACCACGAGACGAAAGAAAAGGGGGGGGGAAUUAUUACGACGGUUUCGUAUCAACUUUUGCGUUGGGUUCCGUUUUGCGCGGUCCGUCCUGCUUGUUGUUGAUGAUGAUGAUGAUGAUGGGAGAAUUUAUUUGUUGUCGAGACGACACACAUGCCUAAAGAGUGUCUGUCGUGUUUCGUGACGUCACCCAUGGGUUGCGAAGGGUGACUUUUGCGUUAGCUUUGUCAUCGGCCGUGCCGCUACUAGGCUUUGUGUUGAUGCUCUCUCUCUCUUCCAGCAGCGCAUGAACACGGCCGCCAGGAUCCAUCGCCGCUGUCGGGCAAAGAUUGCCGUAGUCAGAAAUGCACGACCGUUUAUGAUGAGAGGGCUCCGUUGUGUCCGCGAUGUCACCGUCGUUGGUACGUUUGGGUUGUCGUGUCGUCGUGCUCGGGAAAUUGGUUGUCAGGUCUGAGACGAUGAAGUAAAUCAUGUAACACU